AUGGUCGAGUCAGAAGAUGUUCCCGGCGAUUACUCCCGCCCACCUUGGUACCGAUGUUUAAAUCCCAUGCAAUCGGGAAGGAUCCCGCCCAUUCCAGAUGCUCGCACUAUCACAAAGGAGUAUGAGGCGGGAUUUUGGAGUCAACUGGUGUUCCAUUGGAUGGGAGAGCACAUGAGCACAGGCUACCACCGGUCGCUUGAAUACAACGAUAUCUGGCUUGUUCACCCCAAGCGUACUACUGAGUCUUCGGCAUCAAAGCUGAUGGAAUCAUUGAGCCUUCGGGCACGAGACAUCUGGUGGAGCGGACUCCUUCGACUCGUCUCCGAUCUCUUCCUCGUCUUUGCACCAUUCACCCUGCGAUAUCUGAUCAGCUUUGUUCAAUUGUCGUAUGCGGCAUUGGCUGUUGGAGGCAGCAGCUCAAACGUGGGCAUCGGUAUUGGCCUGCUUGUAGGGAUUAUAGUAAUGCAAGUGAUGCAGAGUCUCACCAACAGUCACUACCAAUACCAAGCGAUGCUCGUGGGCGCUCAAGCAAGAAGUUCUCUGGUCUCCCUCAUCUUUGCGAAGGCUCUGAAGCUGUCAAAUCGGGCCAGGGCCGGCUUGCAGGAUACAAAUAGCAGCGAGAAGGAUGGGAUCGACGGGUCCACGCGGGUAGCAGACGGCGGCUGGCCAGAUGGUCGUAUCUUCAGUCUCAUGUCCAACGAUGCUGAACGAAUUUUCCAAGCUAGCAAGGUCAUCCACCUCGUCUGGACAAACCCCAUUGCCAUCAUUCUCACCGUGGUUCUGCUGCUAAUUAACCUGACCUCCAGCACGCUACCUGGCAUAGCUGUGCUGGUCCUUGGUCUCGCCGAUGAGCGCAUGAAUCUAACGCAGGAAAUCCUACAAGGGAUCCGCUUUGUCAAGUACUUCGCCUGGGAACAGGCAUUUCACAAGUGCCUCAGGGAAAUAAGUGUCAGGGAGAUCCACUCGCUCCAGAUCCUUCAGGUUAUUCGAAGCGCGCUAGGAGCUGUCUCAAUGGCCAUCCCCAUCUUUUCAAACAUGCUUGCGUACAUCACCUAUUCGUUGACGGGACAUUCCCUAGACGCCGCAAUCAUUUUCUCCUCCCUGGCGCUCUUCAACUGCCUGCGGAACCCGUUGAAUUGGCUGCCUAUUGCUAUUGGCCAGAGCGCCGACGCGUGGUCCUCUAUGCGCCGGAUUGAAAAGCUUCUGUUGGUGGAGGAGUUUCAAGACCGGGUUCUGCUCGACGAGCAGAUGCAUGCGGCAAUCGAAAUGCGCGAUGCAAGCUUCACCUGGGAGAGGACGACAGAGAGCCAGAACGAGGUCCACUUCAAACUGGAGCACGUCACUUUCCAGGCUGAACGAGAGGAGCUCAUUGCUGUAGUCCGGGCUGUUGGGAGUGGGAAGACCUCGCUCCUCUGUGCACUUGCUAGCGAAAUGCGCAACACGGCUGGGGUUGUUCGGCGAGGGGCAUCAAAGGCGUAUUGUCCGCAGCUUGCGUGGAUACAGAAUGCGACUGUACGCGACAACAUCUCUUUGGCAAAGAGUAUGACCCGGACUGGUAUCACCGGGUGGUGGACGCGUGUGCUCUUUACCCCGACUUCCGCGAGCUACCCGCGCGAGAUUCGACGGAGAUUGGAGAACGGAGCCCGACUGGAUGCGAAUCUGGGACUUGAACUCGCGAGUGAAGAUUUCUUGAGUUGGUUGGAUGGUUUGGAUCUUGACCUUGCGACUCCGGAUUGGAUUUUCUUGGGAGAGUAG